AUGUCCGGUAACAAUCCGGAUCAACAUACCACCGAGGUUUCCCCACCACGAUCAUCAUCAGCAUUAGGACGGUCACCAAGUAUUUUCUCAUAUCAGACUAGAAUCUUAAAUAAUCGUGCGCCAACAAGCGAGCGAAAUGGAUUGCGACAAACACCGACUUCUCUCUCCUCUUCAAGCGCAUACACAUCGUUAGCUUCUAUAGUGGGGAAUGAAUCAAAUUCAUCAGCUCCCUCAACACCAAUCAGGAAAGCUGUUGCCAAGAUGGUGAUAGAUAACGGGUCUCCUCCGGCUUCGAGUACAGCGAGAGAAGGUGAUCUGAGUACGGCAAGAUCAGGUUCUGCGAGAGGAGUUGGGUUAGGUUUUGGAAUGGGUGGGAAACCGACACCUGGUCAUUCAAGGGGUAACAAAUCAGUUGAUCUGGUCAGAAAUCAAUGGCAAGCUAAAAUUGAUCAAAUGAACACGACUCCAACCGAUUCUACACCACCAACCCCUCGUUCAGCUCGGAAUUCUACCUUCUCUCCUUCUGUACCAACGUCUCCUACUGUUCCUUCCAAUGAAACAACUCCUUCGGCGACACGAACCUUCUCACAAGCAUCACAAGCAUCACAAGCAUCACAAGCAUCACAAACAUCAAGCACACCAAUGGUACCUGAUCAAACUGGAUCAUCGGUUUUCACCGCAGCUUCAAAUGAUACCUCCGCUAUAGAUGGUGGAUUAGGUAAAUACAAGAGCGCAUAUAUGGCUCAGAGAGCAGCGAAACGAUCCACAGUAUAUGGAUCAAGCAGCUUUGAUACUGUAAGGAUCCCUUCCACGACUUCCGAUGGGUCUGCCGCUUCUGCACCUGCGCCUUCGGUCGCUUCUGCUGCCCUGGAUCGACCAUACUCACCUUCAGUCUCAUCCCACACUUCCAUACUCUCACCUAAUCCUACUGGAGAUAGCGCAUCAUCCUCAACUCGGAGUCAGACUGUAGAAGAGAGACUAGCAAUUGCCAAAGCUAACGCGCUGCGGAGAAGGGAAGCUAGAGAAAAGGCGAAGGCUGUUGCUUCUGGCGCGCCCUUUGUUGGAUCGAUGUCUAUCGAUAAACCGGCUGUGCUGUCCGAAUUUGGAGGUAGUAGUUCGACUAAAUCAUCACCUUUCGCAGACCUUUUCAGUCCGCCUUCAGCAAACAGCGUCGCCUCCGCCCCCUCGUCGACUCCAUCCAUGACACCGAAUUCUGCUACGACACCUGUGACAGCCGAUCACACGGAAAAUCCUACUAUUCCUCGAUCAGCUUAUCGAUCUAUCGUCACUGCUCCAAGUGCUACUUCGUCAACACGAUAUGUGCCUUCCGGAUUAUCGUCCUCUUCUGCACCAACUCCUGGAGAUGAACUCAAUCCUCCGGCUACGGCGGGCAAAGAUAAAUACGGUUCCAUCAGUAAGACCGAUCGGAGAAGAUUAGGUAGGCAUCUGCCAAGAAUUGCUUCUGGUGGUGAAGGCUGGGAAGAUGAUGCUGCAAAAGGUCAAACACAAGGCCUAUCUGAGGGAAGAAGGAUACCUUCAACGCUUGGACGUAAUUCAAAUAUCCCCAAAGCAGAGCCUGAAGAAGAGGUCGAAAAUACACCUCCGGUAACUACAAAAGAGCACAAAGUGGAAUUCAAAACACCCUCCACACCUAUUACAGGUAUUAGAAACAAAAAAUCGCUGGAUAUUCUAGUCCCAUCGACAACAGAAAAUCGACCACAAGCUGAAUCACCUAUUCCAUCAACGGCCACAACAAAGAGAAGAUCAGCCUACAUGCCCUACACACCUAAAUCUACUUUCGCAAACCCCACUGGUCCCAUAUCACCUCGGCCCGAACUGACUGGAGCAGAAAUGAAAGGCUUGAUGAGCGCAGUAGGGAGCUUGCCGGCUAGAGGUCCAAACAAGGAUGCCGACGACGGUGUUACAGGAAUGUCAAAUCGAUUACGAUUAACUAGGUCUCAUUUACCUCCAUCGGCAUCCUCGGCAUCCGUUGCUCCUGCUCCACUCCCUUCCAAACGAUUGGCUCAGACCAAUUGGAUGGACAAACAUAGACAUGCGAUAGCCGCGUACGAGUAUCUUUGUCACGUAGGAGAGGCUCAACAAUGGAUUGAAGGAUGUCUAGAGGAAGAAUUACCAUUCGGUGUGACGGAAAUGGAAGAAGGUUUAAGGGACGGUGUCGUCUUAGCGAAGUUAGCAAGAGUAUAUGAAGGAGAAGCUGUUGUCAAAAGAAUUUGGAUGGAAUCUAAACAUCGAUACAAGCAAUCUGACAAUAUUAAUUACUUCCUGAACUUUGUACGGAACGUCAGCAUGCCAGAGACCUUCAUUUUCGAGUUGACUGAUCUGUAUAACAAGAAGAAUAUUCCAAAAGUCAUUUUCUGUAUUCAUAUACUAAGUCACUUGCUCGCUCGACUUGGUCGAGCUGAGAGGAUUGGUAAUCUUGUUGGACAGUUUGAAUUCACCAGUGACCAACUUGCCGCUACUCAAAAGGGUCUUCAAGGUGUAGCUAUGCCAAACUUCGGUGAUAUAGGCAACACAUUAGCCAAGGAAGCUAGUUGGGAGCCAGAAGAGCCUGAGGAAACUGAGGAUGAGAAACGUGAUCGUCUCCUCCUUGAAUGUGAAUCAUCCAUCAUUGAUCUUCAGCGACAUCUCCGUGGUCGACUUGCUCGUAUGCGCGUAUCGCGAACUCAUGCUCAACUCGAACUCGCCGAACCCAUCAUUGUUCGACUGCAAGCUGUUGCACGAGCAUCAUUGGUCCGUCAAAGCCUGAAAGUGGAGCGGAGGGAACGAAAUCAGCUUCAUGGAUUCGCUAAAUCAAUUCAAGCUGUUGCCAGAGGACAUGCUGCUAGGAAGCGAUGGGAUGUCAAAGUCAACGCUGUUCACUCAUCCGGAAGAGCUAUGAUUGGAGUACAAGCUCAGGCCAGAGGUAUGCUCACUCGAAUUAGACGGUCGAUUGAGCAAAAUCGACUGGAUAAGUCUAUAAGAGCUAUAGUGGGUCUUCAAGCUCAAUCUCGCGGUCACCUUGCGCGACGGAACAGACGAUCCCAUCGACAAGUUCUAGCUCAGCCAGAGAUCAUUGGAUCCAUCUCAACCCUUCAAGCGGUCUUACGAGGUCGGCUCCGAAGGCAAGUCGCCGCGAAACAACAGCAAGUCAUUCAUGGACAGACGGCUACUUUCACUUCGCUACAAAGUCAACUGCGAGGUGCUCUGGUCAGAAGACGUAUACAGGCUCAAGAGCAGAAGAUGGACGACGCAACGGACUACGUUGUAGCCAUACAAGCUGUGUGUAGAGGUGUUCUUGCUCGUCAGAAGAAGCGAUCUUUUGCUUCGACGUUGCAGCAAGUAUCUCCUGCUAUUUCAUCUCUACAGGCUAUUGCUCGAGGUCGACUCGCCAAGCAAGCUCAUAAAAAUAUGCAAAAAGCUUUAGCGAAGGUCGAAGUAGCCGGAUCUGUUGGCGGACUGCAAGCUUUCCUGCGUACAAAAUUGGCCAAAAAGCAAACAACCGAACAGAAGAAGAAAUUGGAAUUUGUCCAACCCGAUGUCAUUGGAUUCCAAGCUGUUGCUCGAGGAUACCUUGCCAGAGAAGAAUAUCGAUUCUGGAGAGACUAUCUACAUGAGCCGAGGACCCUUGGUGCGUUGGUAUUCCUACAGUCACUUGUUCGGGGUUUCCUCGCCAGAAGACGAUUAUAUGUCCAUUCAAGCUACAUCCAUCGAAAUGUCGAUAAAAUUGUCAAAGUCCAGUCAUUGUGGAGAGGGCGAGUUCAACGACAAAUGUAUGAAAAGUUGGUCACAGGAUACGACGUGGAUGUACCGACAAUUCAGAACUACAUGCACUUGUUGGAUGAUACUGAGUCAGAUUUCGCCGAUCAAGUCAGGAUAGAAGCAUUAAGAGGACAAGUAGUCGAUUUGAUCAGAGAAAAUCAAGGCUUAGAAACAGAAGUGAAAGAACUCGAUACCAAAAUCGCUUUAAUCAUCAAUAACAAGAUGUCUUUCCAAGAAUUAGCAAGAGCUAAACAUCGUUCAAAUGAAACUAAUAACUACGUCACACCCAACAAUGAUCCUUUUUCAGGUGGUGUACAUUUAGAUAGAAUAAAUCAAAGGAAAUUAGAAUUGUUUGAACAACUCUUCUUUAUGCUUCAAACUAAACCUGAAUAUGUUUCUAGAUUGUUAAGGCAAUUAGUAAGCUUAGAAGACAGCGGAGAAAAGGAUAAAAGAUUAGUUGAAGGUGUUGUCAUGAUUCUGUUUGGUUUCGGACAUGAGAGGCGAGAGGAAUAUCUGUUCCAUAAACUUCUACAGCUCUCUGUGCACGAAGAAGUUUUACUGGCUCCCACGUUACAUGAUCUCGCUCAUUCACGAUUCGCAAUCAUCUCAGUAACCGCUCAGUAUAUCAAACCCACUUUGACCCCUUACAUUCAAGACGUUCUGUAUGAUCAUAUAAUGAGAAUUGUUUGCGCCCCAGAAUUAGAUCUUUGUACUGAUCCAGUCAAGAUAUACCAAGGGAUCAUUAACGCUGAAGAGACUCAGACUGGAAUUCCAUCUGUCCUACCAAGAGAUAGAAACGCAGAUCAGAUCCUGCAGGAAAAUGCUACUGCUCGAGCGAUAUUCAUCAGAAACUUGCAAGAAUUGAGAGCUUUGACAGAGUUUCUCGUGACCGGUCUGGUCGAAUCACAUGCCAGACUUCCAUACACAAUUCGACUCUUGGCUAGGGAAGCAUUGCUUGCUCUUCAGACCAAGUUUCCUGAAGCGACAGAUGAGGAGCUUGUGCCUGUAGUUGCAAGAACGGUCGUAUUACCUUUCAUACUGCCUGCUAUUGUUGCUCCCGAGCAGUAUGGUCUUGCACCUGAUGGUGUCGGCCCUCAAGAACGACGCAACCUUGCCGAGAUCGCAAACUUAAUCAGUCACGUUGCUGGUCAACAAUACACUGAUACAGUUGAUCAAAGACUGGUACGGACACCCCUGGAGGCAUUUAUCGGUGCAUCUGCCAUGCCAUUCCGAGAAUGGAUCUUGGAUAUUGCCGAUGUGGAACAUGCUGAAGGGCAAUUCCAUGCUCAUGAGUUAUUCGAAUCUACUAUUGAGGCUAAGCCUAUCAAGAUUACAAGGAAUGACAUUUAUGGAAUGUUAAGUACGCUGAUACAGAAUGUGCCUGUUAUUACCGCUGGAAAUAAGAAAGAUUCCAUCGAAGGUAUCUUACGUGAACUCGAGGGUCCACCAAUAGAAUACGAUCGAAGUAAGAAUACUGUGAAUUUGAGAUUGAACAACCGAUUAGCCGGACCACAAUCUGGUGAUCCAAACGCAUUGGAGAAAGCAGAUUGGGUCCAAGCCAAAAGACAUGUUUUAGCGGUGCUUCGAGUUCAAACUGGAAAAACGCUCUAUGAUGUUUUAGUCACCAGACCAGAAGAAAUUCAUGAGCAAAUGUGGAUAGAAGAAGUUCAUCGUGAUAUCGCUUUGGAGAACGCAAGAUUGGCUAAACACGGUUUACCUCCAACACCAGUAGAACAGAUGUACCAGAUUGAAAGUAUUAGAUCAUUACCAUUCCACGAAGUGAAAUCACGGGCUAUUGAAUUCUGCAUGAAACUUGAAAGAUCAGGUAAAUUAUCAAGAGAAGAUGAUUUGCAAGGAUUACUAGUCUCAAUAACAUCUGAUAUAAGACAAAAACAUCAUUUGAGGAAAAUGAGGAAAGAUAACCUUGAAGGAAUGAUCAAAGCUUUUGAAGAUAUGUCCAAGAAGAAAUUGGACUAUGAAGGUCAGAUUAAGACUUAUCACGAUUAUAUCGAUGGUGCAAUGGCUGAAUUACAAGCUAAAGGCAAAAAGAAGCCAAUGUUCAUGAGUAAACAAUAUCGACAUCAACAGAGUCAACGGCGACAGGGUAAACAAGCCAAAUUUGGUAGUUACAAGUAUACAGCUGCUGAUUUGUAUGAGAAGCGAAUCUUACUGUCGGUCAAUCAAUUCUCACCCAGACAAUUUGAUAAGUUGUAUAUUGUCGUCUCAUCUAACGAAGUAGGGGUGUUCAGAAUGGAAUUGUCAUGUCCAUCAUCUGUGUCUGGAGGUGGAGGUAUCAUGGGUGAAGAUGAAGUUCGCAUGGAAGACUUAUUAGGUGCUCAAUAUGAGAAUAAAGAGAGAUUAGAUAUGUUUGAUGGUCAAGCUGCUUUUGGGCUGAACAUGCUGAUCCACCAGAUCAAUAAGAAAUUUUACGGCUAG